AUGAUCAGGACAUCGAUGCUAUCUUCGACGACUGCCCUCCGGGUAGCCCCCAUCGUUUGCUCGAUGGGCUCUCGCACCUUUGCCACCAGCGCGGCUUUUCGCGCGGCGGCUAGUGUGCACCAGCACACGACACAAGGGACGCAGCACUCGGCUUCGUCAAGUGACAAGAGCCGCUCUGUGUCCUCUGCAGCCAGCUCUCCCUUAACGAAGCAGGAUGCUGUCAGCACUGUGCCACAGCAGCCCCACACCUUCACUGGCGACUGGCUCCUGUUCCACCCCGUCUACAAGCCCGAAGAGCUCAAGUCUAUCCAAGUCAUCCACCAGGUGCCCACCAAGCUCUCUGACAAGGUCGCUUACCGCCUUGUCAAAUUAGCACGAUGGGGCUUUGACCUUGUCUCGGGCUACAAGCACAAGGCCCUCCCUGCUGACGCGCACAAGAUGACCGUUCAAGCGCUGAGGAAGGAUGGAUUUGUGCUUGGCCCAGAUGGGUGGCUCAACCGCUUCCUUUUCCUUGAGAGUAUCGCUGGUGUCCCGGGUAUGGUUGCCGCCACCCUGAGGCAUCUGCAAAGCCUGCGUCUCAUGCGCCGCGACAACGGCUGGAUUCAUACGUGCCUCGAGGAGGCAGAGAACGAGCGCAUGCAUCUCAUGACCUUCAUGACCUUGCGCAAGCACUCAAUCUUCUUCCGUGCCCUCAUCCUUGGAGCGCAGGGCGUCUUCUACAACCUCUUUUUCUUGACAUACAUGAUCAUGCCCGCGGCGGCCCACCGCUUCGUCGGCUACCUUGAGGAGGAGGCGGUGCGCACCUACAGCCACUGCAUCCAGGAUAUCGAGAGCAACCUCGUGCCUGAGUGGCGCAAUGCCCCGGCGCCACAGAUCGCCAUCGACUACUGGCGCCUGCCGCAGAAUGCCACCAUGCUCGACGUGAUCUACGCCGUUCGCGCUGACGAGACCUCGCACCGCUUCGUCAACCACAGCCUUGCGAACCUCAACCAGAAGACCGACGUCAACCCGUUCGCCCUCCGCGAGCCCGACAUGAGCCUGAAGGGGCAGAAGAUCGCGUUCGACCGCAGCGAGGCCGCCAACUUCGUCGAGGAGUCGCGCGAGAUGCUGCAGAAGCAGUCCAAGAACGAGGCGUAG